CCCCCCAGCCUUUUUCCCUUUCAGUCUAGAGACAUUACACUCCUAGACUAUAUCUGAUUGAGUUCACCAUGGCCACCCCUACCACUACCACAGCGCUCGUCCUCCACGGCGCCAAAGACCUCCGCCUGGAAUCCCGGCCCCUCUCCCCGCCGCAAGGCAACGAAGUCCAAGUCGCCGUCCGCGCCACGGGCCUCUGCGGCUCCGACCUCCACUACUACACCCACGGCCGCAAUGGCGACUUCGUGGUGCGGGCGCCCAUGUGCCUGGGCCACGAGUCGUCGGGCGUGGUAACAGCCAUCGGACCGGAGGUGCGCACGCACCAGGUGGGCGACCGCGUCGCAAUGGAAGUCGGGCUGCCGUGCCGGCAGUGCGCGCUGUGUCGGCAGAGCCGCUACAACAUCUGCCCGGGGAUGCAGUUCCGCAGCAGCGCCAAGAUGUUCCCGCACCUGGACGGCACGCUGAUGGAACUCACCAACCACCCGGCCGACAUGUGCCACAAGCUUCCGGAGAGUGUGUCGUUCGCCGGCGGCGCGCUGGUCGAACCGCUGGCCGUCUGUCUGCACGCGAUCCGGCGCUCGCGACCGCCUACCCGCCACGAGGUCGACCUGGCCCAGACGGCGGGCGAAAAGACGUCUGCGCUGAUCUUCGGGGCCGGCGCCAUCGGCCUGCUGCUCGCUGCCGCGCUGGCCGUGUCCGAGAACUUCUCCUCGAUCCUUGUGGCCGACAUCGACGCCUCGCGGCUGGCGAUCGCCGCCUCGCUGGGCCUGGGCCUGAAGACCGCCCUGAUCCCCAAGGCGGAUCCGGCCCAUCCGCCCCCGCCAAAGGAUACGCCGCAGGCCGAGCAGACGACGUAUGCGCUGCAGAACGCACAGAGGGUCGCUGCCACGCUGAAGGAGGCCGCCGGCGUGGCGGCUGGCUUCGCCCGCGUGUAUGACUGCACCGGCGUGCCGGCCUGCACACAGGCCGGCAUCUAUGCUGCGGCCGCCGGAGCGGUGCUCGUGCAGAUCGGCAUGGGUAACCCCAUCCAGACUCUGCCCGUGGGCGCGGCCGCCCUCCGCGAGGUCGACAUCAUCGGCGUAUUCCGGUAUGAUGGCUAUGCGUACCCCGCUGCCAUCCAGCUGAUGGCCAGCGGGAAGCUCGAUCGCGUGGAGCAGCUGGUGGUGACGCACCGGAUUAAGCUGGCGGACGGGGAUCGCGCUUUCUCCCUAGCGGGUAAGGGUGUUGAUGAAGAGGGCAGGCCCGUUGUCAAGGUUGUUAUUGAGAGCUGAGCUAGCCCGGUGAUCGUGGCUCUUGUAUGUACUUGGGUUUGCUUUGUUUGGUUGAUACCAUUGAGAGGCUCGGGGUUUACGAAGAUUUUUGCAUCAUUGAGCGCUAUUAGUGUUGGGGGUGUAUAUGGUGGCGUGCGUGGAUUGAAGAUUGAGAUAGCUUGAAUGGACGCGAGCUUAUCUCGGACAUGAUGUGACGAAUGAGAUGUACUGUACUACUCGAGCUCGAUGCGACC